UGUGUGUGUGUGUGUGUGAGUGAGAGAGAGAGAGAGAGAGAGAGAGAGAGAGAGAGAGAGAUUGGGGCUGGCGCGGAAGGGUUAACAGGCGAGCGCUCUUCUUCCCGCACCUUUUUGUAUGAAUAUUAAUAUCCCACCAGUUGCUUCGGGCUGAUUUUGAAGGUUUUUCAGGAACACAACAUUGUGCGGGAGGAGGAGGAGGGCGGGCGAGGGCCUGCGUGCAACUCCCUCCUUCCCGGUUGCUCCACAGCCAGGCCAUCAUCAUCCCACCCGCCGGCACCCCUGGGACUCUGUCCAAGCCGGGUGGGACCUGCUCCAGAGCAGCUGUGGAGGCGCACGAGGGACGGCGGUGCGCAGAGAGGCUGCCGGCUGCAGUUGCCUCGGCGGGCAUGGCCGGCUCUGGCGCCAAUGGGCCAGAGGGGCCCCUGCCUUCUCCCCCGAGGCAUUCCCCAAUGGGCGAGAGUUUUGGGGGGCAGCAAAGGAGGCCCCCCAGAUAUCUGGCAGGUGCACCGGUGGGAGCCACCUCCUGGGGGCCCAGAGAUGCUGGGAGGCAGAGGCGAGGCUGGAGGAAGGGACUGGGAGCCGGAUCGCUCCCUUCCGACUGCAUCUGGCCCAUCGCUCCCUGGAGGCGUCUGCUCAUCGCUGGGCUGAUGUUGGCCUGUGUGGUUCAGGGAACCGACCACCGGACGACGGCGCAUGGACCCGGCCACGGCCUGCAGCCACGCCGCCACUGGCGCCAGCUGGGCCACGGCGCCUGGACCCACUGGGGCAGCUGGAGCGCCUGCUCCAGCACCUGCGGGGAGGGUGCCUCCUUCCGGGCCAGGAGGUGCAUCCGAUUCCCCGAGGAGGAGCCGUGCAUGGGGAAGGCCCGGCAGUACCGCGUGUGCCAACUGGAGGGGUGUCCCCAGGGUGCCAUCCCUUUCCGUGCCGUCCAGUGCUCGCUCUACAAUGGAAAGUCGGUCUUGGGGGGCCAGGGGCCAUAUCGGUGGGUCCCCUUCCACGGAGCACCCAGCCUCUGUGACCUGAACUGCCUGGCUGAAGGGCACAAUUUCUACUACACCUUCGGCAGAGUUCUGGACGGCACCCCCUGCAGCCCGGAGUCCCGGGAUCUUUGCAUCAGUGGCCGGUGUCUGCGAGCCGGCUGUGAUGGGAUCCUGGGCUCCGAGGCGCAGGCGGACGCCUGUGGGAUGUGUGACGGCCGGAAUGAGUCGUGUGUCCUGGUGCAGGCGGUGUUCCAGGCGGCCUUCCCUGCCUCUGGUUUCUUUGGGUACAAGAACGUGACCCGCAUCCCAGCCGGCGCCCGGCACAUCAAGGUGGUGGAUCGGAGCCGCAACUAUCUGGCCCUGAUGGACGCGAACCAGCGCUACGUCCUCAACGGGGACUGGGCCAUCAACUGGCCUGGCGAGUACGAGGUGGCCGGCACCCGUGUGCACUACAGGCGCACAGCGGAUCUGCAGGAGAGCUUGGAGGCCGAGGGCCCCACCCAGGAGGACCUCCUGGUCAUGGUCCUCGUCCAGGAACCCCACCCGGGGGUCGAGUAUCAGUUCUGGCUCCCACGGGGACACUUGCAUCCGGCCCAGAGUGACACCAGCCCCCUCCGGCAGCCUCAGGUCCGGGAGGCCGAAGGAGCCCCGGCGGCAACCAUUGGGGAGCCCCAUCGUUCCCCAGGAGCCACAGCAGUGGCCCCCCACUUCCAGAAUGCCCGGAGAAGCAGCCGGCGGAAGGCGCAGGGGGAGGCACCGCCGGGGGCAGCCGCCCACCCAGGGAGAUGUGGGGAAUGCCAGGUGCCCAGAGGGAGGUCACAGCUCUUCCGGGCCCGGAUCCUGUCCAAGCAGCUUGUGGGCCAGGAGACGCGCUACGACCUGCAGGUGAGGGAGGCGUACCGCAACCGCGUGGCCCUGCGCCACCGGGAGUACCUCUGGGUGGCCGACACCUGUGACUGCCCCCCGCUGACCGAGCGGCGCGAAUACGUCCUCAUGGCUCGCCAGCACGUCAACUUUGAGCACACCCGCAAUCGGCUCCUGCUGCCCCGGGGCGCCUACGCCCGGCCCUGGUCCCCCCGGGAGGACCUGCAGCUGCGGGACGCGGCCCAGCGCUGUGGGGGGUUGGAGGAGGCCUGGAGGAGCCCUCGGGGCCCGGGGCCCCUUCGCAGGGAGGGCGGGGGACCGGCCGGCUGACCUCCCCUGCACCCACCCACAGACGGACGGCUGCGGAGAUGGACGGUGGCUCGAGGGGGGGGGGCGUGCAUCUCGAUGACAUGCUCCAGAUGAGAACCGGGCAGGCCAAAGGGGUGGCUUUCCUCGGUGUGGCCAAAGCAUCUAGGCCACGUUUUCCUGCCCGGGCCGGUGUUCAUUGUCCUCGUGUAUGUGUGUGCAUUGGGGGGUGUCCCUAUCGUAGAAAGCGUGAGACUUUCUCCUGCUCUCAUGCACAGGAUCAAUUCCCCCCCCCCGGGAGUCUCUGAAGGGCCCUCGAGAGUCCGUCUAGUAGUCUAAGCCACCUUUGCCAGGGCGCGAAAGGAAUGGCUCACACCACCCCUGCCAGGUGGACCGCCCAGACCCCUGCUUAGAAGCCUCCUUUGGCGGAAGGAGCAUCAGCCAUGUCCGGAAGCCGUUCCUUCCUUUGAAUCAGCAUCCUUAACCCUGCUGUUCUUGACCUUUGGGGAUGCCCUCAUUAUCCUUCCUCCUAUACUCCUUUCCCCCAUCCUUUAGUAUUUAGGGGAUGCCUUGAGGGUGAAUUUAAAGGCACCGGAGGCCCGUGGGCGGCUUAAAGCCCCCCCCAUCCUCCCCCUACAAGCACACGGCUGCAUAAUGGGUAAAUGUAAAGCACACACACACACACACGCUACACACCUUUCUCUUACAUGCACACAGACACCGAGGUGUGCGUUUGCCCCUCUCUGGGUGGGCGGUUACAGGAGAAACCCAGGUGCUCCCCCCCCUUCCCCGGCUGGCCGGGCAGCCUUGGCCACCUCUGCCCAAGGGCCACGGGUGUCGGUGGCCCCUGGCCAAGCACAGGGUUUGACCCCCCCUCCCCAAGGCUGCUCUUCCCAGGCUGCCUCUCAAAGAGCCAAGCCUGACGUCAGGUGGGGGGCAGAGCAGGGGAAAUCUCCUGCGCCUGGUCUGGAUCCGUUCCCCUCAAAACCCGAGUGCCCCUUGACCUUCUGGCCCCACUGCCUGGCUGUCUCCCAGCUUCUCUCCGGGGAGGGAGAGGAGCUGCCCCUGGUCACAGUGGAGGAGGCUGGUGGAACGGAGGGGGGGCCCUUCCCGGCCCGCCUAGCCCAGCCGUCAGCAAAUGAUAGUUUCGGGGUCGGUUGGGCUCCCCACGACGAAAAGACCCCCUGCGGCUGUGGCGUCUUUGCUUCCCGGGCGGACGGCUUUUUCUCUGCGGCUGGUUCUCGGCAUGGAAGUGAGAAAGGGGGGGAUGCCUUCCAGUUGAGCAAGGGCUCCUUGUGCCCCCUCCCCCGGUGUCCUGGCUUCGGAUUCUGGAUCGUCUGGAGGGUGGCCUGGUGAAGCCAGGUUCCUCCCUUUUCAUCUUUUGAACCCAGCUCCUCCCGGAAGAAGGGGGAUGGGGGCCCUGUAACUCUAGCCACCUCUCCUGACUUGAAACCGGCUCCCGCUUCCUGCGGCUCUCCGUAGGAAGAGCUGAGCCCCCACCUGGAUGUGGCCCAGUCCUUUCUGCCUUCUCCCCCCGCCCCGCCCCGCUCCUGGACCUCAACACUUCUCAUGGAAGGUUUCUUCCCACCUCAAGACGUUGACUACUUUGCGCCAGUCUUUCUUUUCUUUUUCUGCAUUUAUGAGCAUGAACAACAACACAAACACAAGCCGGCAAAUGGGUGGAAAAAGGGAGGCAGCUACAGAGCAGAAGUGUUUUCAGGGAAUCCCACCCUUCUGGCUCUGGGCAGGGCCAGGGGGAAGCCUAGAAGCGCUUCCAUCUGGGCCAAAUCCUGCCAAGAAGCAUGGGGUGAAAACCAGGAGAGGCCGGGCGGAGGGGGGCCGCUUUGGGCAUUUCUGCAGCCACUACAUUUGAAAUAAUAGGACUUUCAAAAAC